AAAAUAAUUAAAGAAAUCUUCGUCGAUGUCCCUCCGCCGCGCCCGCGCUGCUCUAAAAUUGUCGCUCUUAGCCCGGGAGUCGAUACUCGGGGCGCGGCGGGAAAACAUCUCCCGCGUCACUCUCAUUUCUUCUUUCCUUCCCGAAGCUGUCGAAAAAAAUAUUUUCAAACUGACGGCAACUUAGAAAUAGCACCAUGGAGGACGCUCACUCGAAAUCCGUGGACGAAGUCCUUGGAUUUUUUGGCGCAGACCCAGACAAAGGCCUGACACCAGAUCAAAUUAAAAGAAAUCAAGAGAAAUAUGGACCAAAUGAACUGCCCGCCGAAGAAGGCAAAAGUAUAUGGCAGUUAGUUCUGGAACAAUUCGAUGAUCUGUUAGUCAAGAUUUUGCUGUUAGCCGCUAUUAUUUCGUUCGUUUUAGCUUUAUUUGAGGAACACGAAGAUGCCUUCUCAGCAUUCGUCGAACCUUUUGUUAUUUUACUAAUUCUUAUUGCUAACGCUGUAGUAGGAGUAUGGCAGGAAAGAAAUGCAGAAUCCGCCAUCGAAGCUUUAAAAGAAUACGAACCCGAAAUGGGAAAAGUUGUGAGAGGAGAUAAGGCCGGUGUACAGAAAGUUCGGGCGAAAGAGAUUGUCCCCGGUGACAUUGUUGAAGUGUCCGUCGGUGACAAAAUUCCCGCCGAUAUCCGCCUUAUUAAGAUAUUCUCUACAACCAUCCGUAUUGACCAAUCUAUCUUGACUGGUGAGUCGGUGUCUGUCAUCAAACACACUGACCCAAUCCCCGACCCCCGUGCUGUUAACCAAGACAAGAAGAACAUCCUAUUCUCCGGUACCAAUGUUGCCGCUGGUAAAGCCCGUGGUAUUGUUAUCGGCACUGGUCUUAAUACGGCCAUUGGUAAGAUCCGUACUGAAAUGUCUGAGACUGAAGAAAUUAAGACUCCCCUGCAACAGAAAUUGGACGAGUUUGGUGAACAAUUGUCUAAGGUUAUCUCGGUCAUCUGUGUUGCCGUAUGGGCCAUCAACAUUGGACACUUCAACGACCCUGCUCACGGUGGCAGCUGGAUCAAAGGUGCCGUGUACUACUUCAAGAUUGCUGUGGCUCUAGCCGUCGCUGCCAUUCCAGAAGGUUUACCCGCUGUCAUUACCACUUGUCUCGCUCUCGGAACCAGGAGGAUGGCUAAAAAGAACGCCAUUGUUAGGUCACUGCCAUCUGUAGAGACCCUUGGUUGCACAUCUGUUAUCUGCUCGGACAAGACUGGCACACUGACCACCAACCAAAUGUCCGUCUCACGUAUGUUUAUCUUCGAAAAGAUUGAGGGCGGAGACAGCAGCUUCUUGGAGUUCGAAAUUACUGGUUCGACAUACGAGCCUAUUGGUGAUGUUUACUUGAAGGGACAGAAAGUUAAGGCUGCCGAAUUCGAUGCUCUUCACGAGCUGGCAACUAUCUGCGUUAUGUGCAACGACUCCGCUAUUGACUUUAACGAAUUCAAGCAGGCUUUCGAGAAGGUUGGUGAAGCGACUGAGACGGCUCUUAUCGUCCUCGCUGAGAAAAUGAAUCCCUUCAACGUACCAAAAACUGGCCUCGACCGCCGUUCAUCCGCUAUUGUCGUUCGCCAAGAAAUUGAGACUAAGUGGAAGAAAGAGUUCACUCUUGAAUUCUCCCGUGACAGGAAGUCCAUGUCAACCUACUGUACUCCACUUAAGCCAUCUCGUCUUGGAAACGGACCUAAGCUCUUCGUUAAGGGUGCACCAGAAGGUGUUCUGGACCGUUGUAGCCACGCCCGUGUCGGAACAAGCAAAGUUGCUCUCAACUCCACUCUUAAAUCUCGCAUCUUGGACCUCACUCGCCAAUAUGGUACCGGCCGUGACACACUUCGUUGCUUAGCCUUGGCGACUGCCGACAACCCAAUGAAGCCUGAUGAAAUGGACCUCGGAGACUCCACCAAGUUCUACACUUAUGAAGUCAACCUUACAUUCGUCGGUGUCGUCGGAAUGUUGGACCCGCCCCGUAAAGAAGUGUUCGACUCUAUCGUCCGCUGCCGUGCCGCUGGUAUCCGCGUCAUUGUCAUCACCGGCGACAACAAGGCCACUGCUGAAGCCAUCUGCAGACGUAUCGGCGUGUUCACUGAAGACGAAGACACAACCGGAAAGUCUUACUCAGGUCGCGAGUUCGACGACCUGCCCGUGUCGGAACAGCGCGCCGCUUGCGCCAAGGCUCGUCUCUUCUCGCGUGUGGAACCCGCCCACAAAUCCAAGAUUGUUGAAUACUUGCAGAGCAUGAACGAGAUCUCCGCUAUGACUGGUGAUGGUGUGAACGACGCGCCAGCUUUGAAAAAGGCUGAGAUCGGUAUCGCUAUGGGAUCUGGUACCGCUGUAGCCAAAUCUGCAGCUGAGAUGGUACUGGCCGAUGACAACUUCUCCUCCAUUGUAGCCGCCGUUGAGGAAGGUCGUGCUAUUUACAACAACAUGAAACAAUUCAUCCGUUACUUGAUCUCCUCCAACAUCGGAGAGGUGGUUUCCAUCUUCCUGACAGCCGCCCUGGGUCUGCCCGAGGCUCUGAUCCCCGUCCAACUUCUCUGGGUCAACCUGGUCACUGACGGUCUCCCAGCCACUGCCCUCGGUUUCAACCCACCGGAUCUCGACAUCAUGGACAAACCACCCCGCAAGGCUGAUGAAGGUCUUAUCUCUGGAUGGCUAUUCUUUAGAUACAUGGCUAUCGGAGGCUACGUCGGUAUGGCCACAGUGGGCGCCGCUUCAUGGUGGUUCAUGUACUCGCCCUACGGACCCCAGAUGACCUAUUGGCAGCUCACCCACCAUCUGCAGUGCCUCGGAGGUGGAGAUGACUUCAAGGGUAUUGACUGCAAGAUCUUCACAGACCCCCACCCGAUGACCAUGGCUCUCUCUGUGCUUGUCACCAUUGAGAUGUUGAACGCUAUGAACAGUCUGUCAGAAAACCAGUCUCUGGUCUCCAUGCCUCCAUGGUCUAACAUGUGGCUCGUCGGAUCCAUGGCUCUCUCCUUCACACUCCACUUUGUCAUCUUAUAUGUAGAGGUCCUGUCGGCUGUGUUCCAAGUGACCCCACUGUCUGUGGAUGAAUGGAUGACUGUGAUGAAGUUCUCGAUCCCAGUGGUGUUGCUGGAUGAAGUGCUCAAGUUCGUGGCGCGCAAGAUCUCCGACGGUGAGAGCAUCCUGAACGGCAUGCAGUGGAUUGUGCUCAUGUGGGCCGUUUUCUUCGGUCUCAUCCUCUACGGACCGAUAUAAGACGGCUUUCCCCCAACCAUUCUAAUACCCCCAGCAAAUGUGAUGCACACGAUCAACUUUAGUAGACCAAUAACAAUUAUUAUAUUUAUUGUAAGUGUUAUAUACACAAUUAUUACUAUAGAUUGCUUUGAGUUGCACCAUACUGGUAUGACGGAGUGUUCCAUUUUCCACUCUUGGACUCCCAAUUGGCUGUUUGUGAGAGAUUAUAUUGGUCUCACAGAAGACUGCACUCAGCAAAGAUAACAAGCAUUAGACCAAGCAAACAUUCAAAGCAAUCUAUAUCAACAUAGCUCUCAUAAAUGUCAGUGUGACUGCUAUAUAUUAUCAGAUCGUGUGUGUCUCACAUUCCACUGUGGAAAUAAAUGGAACUAUGAGCAUUUGCUCACCACAGUACCUAACCAUUUGGAAUGCUAAUCCAAGAGUGAAGUGCACGUGUGACUUUGAACCCCUUUGAGAAUAAUCUGCGGUGCUGCACGGUUAGAGUUCAUCUCACGGUUUUAAUGAUGUGAAGUGAUGUAGCCAACAUCAAUUGUAAACUGUUCAAUAUACAUGACUAUAAUAUAUAAAAAAUGUUUAGUCGUAAUUAAUACUAUUUAUAGAACUUACCAUCCAUUUUAUCAAUUGUUGCAAGAGGAAACACAAAAUAAUGUAUUUAAGAAUGUUCCAGUUUGCUGUAAAAAUAUCAUCGGAAUAUAAAGGACUAUCAGAAUAUUGAAAUUACCACCAGCAUUAUUAAUAUUGUUUUUCAAUUACGACGAAUAAUAUAUUACGGGUUAAAAUGGAUUAAUAUUAAAAUUUCUGCGAGUGCUUUAUUGGUUAAACAUUGUAUUUUUUGUGUAGGUGAAUUAUUAUUGGAAGUUAAGUAGUCAGGACACAAUAUACUUAUAUAAUGAUAGUGAAACGUUUGAUGCAAACUCAUAAUAAAAUUAUUAUAUUACUUAGGCUUUGUGUGGAAUACUUGAGGGGUAUCGAAAUAAAUUAAUUAUGCUGACGUCUGGGGUAACUAAAAUCUAUUGAGUCUGAUGCUCGUCUUUAGAUAAAUAAAAUUAAGUAGCUUCAAAACUGAGUGAUUCUAAACACAGAAAUGGUUAUAUUUGGUUGGCAGUUUGUAGGAUUUCUUAAGAUUAGUUAUAGAUUUAGGCCGCGUCAGAUGAGUAUUUCUCUAAUAUUUUCAUGUGUAUAUUAUAACAUAUACGUAUCAGUGUAUUUAUACUUUUCAAUACUAAAUCAGAGCUGUAAGUCAUUGUUGCACAGGCAAAAAAAAAUCUAAAUUUAAAGAAGAGUGUCACAAAAUAUGACCGGUUCUUUUUCCAACUUGUGGUACUGAGGAAAAAAUGUUAACAUUUGCUUUCUCUAGUUUUAUUAAUGAAGCAGACAUUUGACGCGGCCCGACUACGAAGAGCGGCGGCCAAGCGCGCUCCUGUGAUUGCGUUUCGCGUGCGAGACAAUAAAUAUUUUAGCCCACUGCGGAGUCUCAAAUAACAGUUUACAAUAAUUUUAGUCUAGUGGCUGUGAACAUCCUAAAUUCUACCCAAUUAAAUGAUUUUCUACAUGAAUUUAUAAUGGUUGUACGUUUCGAUUUUAUAGCGAUUUAUUAAAUAGUGUGUUAGAGCUCCGUUUUAAUAUCACAUAACUCGCACAGCUUGAUAUCCGGACAGACAUAGUGUACUUUUGAAGGUAAAGUGGAUAGCAUAGGAUAAUUUAUUGUAAGUUAGGCUCGUCGUGAUGUCGAUAUUGUUUACUCGAUGUAUUUGAAACUCUUCCUUCGUCUCACUUAUGCUGCUUGCUAACAAACAAGCCCAAUAUUUAAGAGUUGAGGAGAUGAUGUACUUCCAGUCCAGGGGAUGAAAAUGUCCGAUUGUUUAUAUUUUAACCAAUCUUUUUUAUUAUGACAUAGAUUUACUUUACAUACUAUGUGGGUACAUUGUAUUGGAUGUAUAUUGUCUGCUCAGCUCCUGACAGUAACUGACCAAUAACCUGUACCUAUGUUGUUGACAAUUUCAAAGUACCCUCUUCGACUAAUUUAAGUUAUGGUUGUUUAUUGAUCAGUUAUCCCUCCGUUAUGUGUGUUUGUAACCCGAAUAAUAUCAUUUUACUAAUUUA